GAGAGCCGGCGCUGCGGAGUCUGGCCGAGUGGUAAAAGAGCUCCCAAAGAGCCGCAUCGCUGCCCCCUCAGCACCACUGCACAAGAGGCGAACUGUUGUGCACAACACGCUUCAGCCCCGCCAAACCCCCACCGCAGCAACGAAACGAUGGCCGACGGAGCAGCCGAAUCGACGAAGGAGCUGACGGACGAGGGCGCGAAGGUCACUACCGUGGCCGAGGGCACCGAUGCGACAGCCGCGCCUCCGGCCGAGCCGGUUGCCUCGCCGCCGGAGAGCAUUGCCAUCUUCUUCGACGGCGAGCCCAUGGCCGGCAAGGCCGAGACGUGGACGACCGAGCACGUGGCCGACGCCGCCACGCUCCAGUUCGUCGGCCCCCACGCCCUGCCCCUGCCGCUCUUCGACAAGGCGGGCUUCUCUAGCGCGAUGGGCAACCUGGUCGGCUCGUUCCCAGACCUCACGUUUAACGCCACCAAGGUGGCGCCGACGAAGCAAGAAGACGGCUCCUGGGCGGCGGACAUCGUCGUGACGGGAACACACUCGGGCGCCGCGUUCACGCCGAUGCCCGACAAGCUCCCAGCCAUCGAGACGACGGGGACGGCCGUGAGCAUCGGCCCGGAGACCUUCACGGUUUGGGCGGACGACGCCGGCAAGGUGGUCAAGAUCGAGAUCAUGCCGAAGGAAGCUGGCAACCCGCAUGGCCCGCCCGGCUUCUACCUCGGCAUCGGUGGCGACAUCUCCGCACUGGCGCCGCCAGCCGCCGAUGGCGACGCCCCCGCCGACGCCCCCGCCGAGGCUGCGUAGGAGCCCCCAUCGUCCUGCUGACCCGUAAGAAUCUUCCGCUUACUACGCCGGUGGCGCGCGAGCGGUUGUA